AGCUCUCGUCCAAUUGAAACUCACAAUAAACUGCAUUCAAGUUCGACUGAUCCCCAGAGGAGCGACUCGACUGCUCUGCUGUAACCUCGACCUGCGCUUGUAUCUGCUCCAUUGCCCAGGACUCCAAAGACAAGGAAAGAGCGAAAAUGGGCAGCAUACCACAAAGUAGCAAGCUCUUUGAGCCACUCAAGAUCGGAAAUGUCACUCUCGACCACAGAAUAGUCAUGGCCCCUCUGACUCGUUUUCGCAACAGUGAUGAGCAUAUCAUUCUUCCAAUGGCGCAAGAGUACUAUGAACAGCGGGCUUGUGUUCCUGGAACUCUGAUCAUCAGCGAAGCAGCAGUCAUCUCCAAGCGCGCAUCAGGCUACGCCAACACGCCUGGCAUCUGGAACAAAGAACAAAUCGCAGCUUGGAAAGCUGUCGUCGACCGCGUCCACAAGUCUGGCUCAUACAUCUAUCUCCAACUAUGGGCCCUCGGCCGUGUAGCCGACCCAGCAAUCAAGCAGAAAGAAGGAACUGGCGACGUCGUCUCCUCCUCACCAACCCCAUACCAAGAAGGCGCAGCAGUCCCACGAGCCCUCACCGAAGCAGAAAUCCACCAAUACAUCCGCGACUACGCCUCCGCAGCCGAAGCCGGUGUUCACGAAGCAGGUUUCGACGGCGUAGAAAUCCACGCAGCAAACGGCUACCUGAUCGACCAAUUCAUUCAAGACACCUGCAACAAGCGAACAGACAAGUGGGGAGGCUCGAUCGAAAACCGAGCCCGUUUCGCUCUCGAAGUCACCAAAGCCGUCGUGCAAGCCGUCGGUCCCGAGAAAACCGCCAUCCGUCUCUCCCCCUUUUCAACUUUCCAAGGAAUGAAAAUGCAAGACCCAGUCCCACAAUUCAAUUACAUCGUCUCCAAACUGAAAGAUUUCAAACUUUCGUAUCUCCAUCUCGUCGAAUCGAGAGUUACUAGCAACGAGGAUGUCGAAGCUUCUAUAGAGAAACUCGACCCGUUUAUUAAGACUUAUAGGAAUGUAAGUCCCGUUCUACUAGCUAGUAGAUUUACGCCUGCGAGUGCUAAGAGUGCUGUUAAUAAGGAGUAUAAGGAUUGUAAGGUAGGGAUCGUGUUUAGAAGGUUUUUUAUCUCGAACCCGGAUCUUGUGUAUAGGCGCGUUAAGGAAGGCAUGAUCGAGUUGAGGAUGUAUGAGAGGGAUACGUUUUAUACGCCUAAGCAGGCCAAGGGAUAUAUUGAUUGGCCCUUUUCGGAGGAGUUUGUUAAGGAGACGGGGAGGCCGCAACUGGAGGUUCGAUGA